AUGUAUUUAGAUGCUUAAAUUAGAUUAAACUACCAUCGCUUAAAAGAAAAAAAAAUAAUAAAAUGCUUCAAAGCCAUUUUAUUAAGAGACUGUUUAAUAAAUAGGAUUUUCAAGAGUAUUUUAAAAAGAUAUUUAUUAUAUUUCUAUUUAUUAACAUUUCAUACUGAGGUUAACUCUUUUAAAAAAUUCAAUAAUUUCUAAUUACUAAGACUUUGGCUUCAAGAUUUUAUUCAAAAAAAAAAGAAAAAUAUUUAGGCUUCUUUGAUUUAGAGUUUGAAAACUUAAGAAAAUUUUUAUAAAGACUUUUCUCCAUAAAGUAGCUCUUUAAGAAAGACUCUACUUAAUAAUAGAUCACCUAAAAAUUUUUUACAAACAUAAAAUCUUACUUAAUCAUGCUUCAAAGAAAACUCUCCAUUAAGAUUCAGCAUAAAUAAUAAUUAAAAAGAAACCUUCUAAAUAAGAGAUAUCAAAAGUAGCAAUAUGAAUUUUACACAAUUAAAUUCCCUUAACACUAAAAAGUUAGAACAAAAAAUUUCCUAAAAGCUAAUUUAAAUGUAGAAAUUAGAUUUUGAGUCUUAAAUUAGUGAAUCUUAUUCAGAAUUUGAUAGGCAAGACUCAAUAAAAAAUUAAGAUUUAUAUUAUCUUAAAGUUAAAAGUAAUAAUUUUAUUUAUUUAAAGUUUAUUAAGACAUAAAAUUACUUUAACUGA